AAAAGCCAGUGCGACAGUCGCUGGCGCCAACGUCAAGAACCCUCAGUCUUCAAUUCCCCUUGCAUUAUGCAGACGACCUCCGCGCUUCCGAUGCACCAGCCACAGUACCUCGUCGGCGACACGGCGCACCUCCAAGCUGAGCGCGACGCCCACCAAAUGGGCUAUGGCGGCGGCACCCUCUUCAUCAGCGCCGGGUCCUUCAUCCACGCUACCGGCCCUAUUGUCGUACCCAAGCGCAUUGUCAUCACGGUCAUUCUCAAAGGCGCGACGGUCGAUCUGACCCAGGCAACGUUCGUACACCCGGUCACCGAAGUCAAAAUCUGCGCCGUCCUCGGCGGUGUCAAGCUCAUCCUGCCGCGCGGCGUCCGCUGCGAGACGUCGGGGCUCAGCAUCUUUGGCGCCUUCAAGAAUGCCAACAACCAGCCGGCAUCGCACGGAGCGAGUGCGCCUCUCGUACGCAUCACGGGCCUCUCGGUCUUUGGCGGCGCCAAAGCGUCUGUGUGCACGAAGAGCGCACCCCUCGUCGUCGUGCCGUCGCUGCCCGAGGUCACGAUCGAGACGGCGCCCGCCGAGAGCCUGCCGGUCGCGAUGCCCGCCCCCGAGGCCUCGGCCAAGACAGUGUAGUCGCUCUGGGUUGCGCAUCUUUAUAUUGCUUUAUCUAUCGAAUGAACGCGAAAACACGUGGUUGGCUCCGCUAUAUCUCGAUACAUUCAGUGUCUUCUCGCAAGAAACAAUUGCUUUCUCUCAUAUACCUUAUGUGCCUUACC